UACAAAGCUGUCUACUGUCUGUGGCUUUAAUUACUGAUUUUACACAUAGUGUUAUCUUUUUCAUUCUUAAAACAAUACAAGAUUGCGUCUCGACAAUGCUUUCAAGGCAUAUCAGAAAACUAGGGGCGCAAAUGAUCCCAUCUGCCUCGAAAACGGUUGUAUUUCAACAACAGUUGACCCAGUCCCUGUCCACGCACCAUCCUGCGUGUAUGCGGACAUCUACCGGCAUGGGAAAUUUCAACGAACCGCUGUCUGGAAAUGUGAUGCCGCGGCCUGGUGGAAUAGCCACAAUGAUGAGACUCCCAUAUCAAAAUAAUUCUGAAGGACUAGAUGCUUGUUUUGUUGGGAUUCCACUGGAUAUUGGAACAUCAAAUAAAUCAGGAACCAGGUUCGGACCAAGACAGAUCCGCACAGAGUCGGCUCUUUUGAGAAACAACAGCAGUAUUGGUGCUGCCCCGUUUGAGUCACUUCAGGUCGCCGACAUCGGGGACGUCACUCUUAACCUGUAUGACCUUAAGAAAUCUUGUGAGAUGAUACGAGAGCAGUAUGCCACCAUCAUUGCCAACGGAUGCAUUCCGUUGACUCUUGGAGGGGACCACACCCUGACAUAUCCCAUCCUUCAAGCAAUUAAGGAUAAAUACGGUCCCGUAGGUCUGGUUCACGUCGACGCCCAUGCUGAUGUGAACGACACAAUGCUCGGUGAGAAGAUAGCCCAUGGUACCCCUUUCCGCCGGGCUGUAGAGGAUGGUUGUUUGGAUUGCAAGAGAGUUGUUCAGAUUGGCCUCAGGGGAACACAGUAUAGCGUAGAACCUGGACAAAAAACAUUCAAUGAAGAAGUGGGUUUCCGGAUCGUGCCUGUUGAAGAGUGCUGGCACAAGUCGAUGUCUCCACUGAUGGAGGAAGUCAGAGGCAUGAUGGGAGAUGGACCGGUCUAUCUUUCAUUUGAUAUAGAUGGUAUCGACCCGGGACUUUGUCCAGGAACAGGUACACCUGAGAUCGGUGGUCUGACGUCCGUCCAAGCUUUAGAGAUCAUCAGAGGAUGUAGAGGGCUCAAUCUUGUAGGUGGUGACCUUGUUGAGGUUUCCCCUCCAUAUGACGACACUGGUAUAACAGCUUAUACAGGAGCUCAUCUGUUGUUUGAGAUGCUAUGUGUUCUGCCUGGAGUUCGAUAUCUUUAGUGCGAAGUCAUCUGCGAGGUGGGUUCAAGUUCACUGAAGGAAGAUGACUUAGAUACUUCUUGCUCGUAAUCAUAGUCUUCUGAAUAAAACUUUGCAAUGACACGCAACUAAAAAACUCAGUCAAAAAUGUACCUUGUAUACUUGAAAAGCAAAAUUUAGAUUUCAAGUUGAAAUUCUAUCUCAAAUUCCAUAAUUAUGGAAUUAUAUUUUUUUUAUAAAGAGGAAAGGUAAAUAUUUUUAUAUUAGAAAAGCUUAUUUCAUUAUAUUCUGAUUUAAUCAGAUAUGUUUAUGGAAUAAAUUGUAUAUACAAAAAAUGAUUUUUUUUUCUUUGCAUCAGAAAAAAGCUUAUUUCAUUGCUAUAUUUCACUGUGAAAAAUCUUAUCGAGCAUACAGCCUAGACGUUCCCUAAUUAUAGGUUACAUGAAAGUUAAGGGGAUGCAUCACAUUUUCUUUUUUCUCAUUUCACCAUUUGCUUUCAUGGCCAUAUACACUAGAGGGGGUGUAUGGCCAUGAUGCCUUUAUGAUGCCUUUAUGUGUUAGUUUAUUGGAAUGUAGUUUUAGUAGAACUUUCCUGUAUAAUCCUGACAAAAAAAACUCAUUACUUAUUUUGGGUAUGUGUAUUAAAAAAAAAUCAGAGAGCUUACCAGGGAUAAUUUUUAGCACACUUGCCAAAAUAUACUACACUGUAUUAUAUUUACAUUGGACCAUUAUGGGAAUUUCCGGGACUUUUAUUUUGUUAUGUGUUCCAGCCAGUUCUCUUGUACCCUUUUUACACACGCUAUAAUUUCCUUAA